GAAGCAGGUGGGUGAGGCAGCGACUUGCUCUGGGUCAAGGGACUGCCUUUCACCACCCCCCGCCUGCCCCAGCACCUGGGACCCGAUGACUUAUCUCUGUGACAAUCUGAUGGGCUGUGGCAGCUCCAUGGGAAGACAGCUGGAGGGACGUCUGAGUGCAGAAACAUACAAGUUCCGACACAGAGAUCUGCCCAGCAGCGGCGCAGGCUGCGGGCGCCCAGGGCUGCAGGUCUCAGCCAGCACCAGGAUGCAGGGAUGCAGAUCCCGGCAGGUCAGCUAGGCCCCAGGCCCUGGGACACCACGUGAUGCAGGCAGACACGGUGUCUGCGCAGGAGCCCACGGAAGUUAUGCCCCUGCAGCAGCAAAGCCGGUGAGAGGCUGAGAAUCCGGAGCUGGGGCCGUGGGCCAGGGAAGGCCUCCUAAGACCUCAGCUGAGAGCGACGGGGUGACUCAGGGACAGGGCAGGGGACGGUUUUAGGUGGCAAAGGUAGAGGUGCAGCCCAGCAUCCUUGGUUCAUGGUCCUGGGUCCUUCUGGCCUCAGCGUCCUUCCUUGGUGAGGCUGCCCACGCUGCCCAGGGUCACAGUUAUGGGGAUGACAGGUCACCCACCCCCUCGGUCUCUGAGCUCUGGACGGCAAAGCCCCUGUGACCGAAAUGCUGGCAGGAGCCCCCUCUGUGAGCCCCUGGCUCCCUCGGGGUCUUCCCAGAAGCCGGUCCUGAAGCGCCAAUUUGCUUUUUGUUUUCUUUUUUGCCACCCUGCACUGCAUGCAGAACGUCCCCUACCAGGGGUUGCACCCGUGCCCCUGCAGUGGAAGCUCACAGUCUUAACCACUGGACUGCCAGGGAAGCUCUGAAACACCCAUUUGUGUGAGCCUGGCUGGCUCAGGAGGGGACUCCAGGAGACAUGAGGAGGGUGUGGAGAAGUUGCGGCAGGGAGGGGACACAGCUAUCACAGCCUGUGUCCUCAAGCAAGUCGCCUCUGAGGCUGCUGGGGGGUGCAGUGCUGAGCGGCCCCGGCCGGGGGGCAGUCGGCCACCUGCUCCGUCCAUCCUCGAGUGGGGGCUGCACUUUGGGUUUGUCUGGCUUGGGGCCAGAGACAGCGUCUGUCCACAGAGGCAGCAAAGACACACGUUUGGGGGUGCCCCUCGGGGGGUGGGAGACCCACGGGUGUGUUGCCGCUGACGCCCUGGCCUCCUGGCUCCUCACCCAGCGAUGGAGGAGGAAAUCCUAUUCCUUUGUCCAAAGAGCUUCGGCUGGCCUCAAUUUCCCGAGCGCCUUGGCCAGGGGAUUGUGUGCCCAGAGGGCAGGGCUGGGGAGGGUGUUUGCCUCCGGCCCUCCUUGCUGCCCCCACCGCCGUCCGCAGCCCCAGCUCGUUCGCCAGGAGCCCGAGGGGCAGGCGGCAGGGCUGGCAGCUCAGCCCCGACGGGCCUGGUCUAAACCGCGUUCCGCCGGCCAGGCCCGGUUGGCUGCCCUGGGUGCCGAACAGCCAGCCUUUGUCCUGCUGGUCACAGGCGCCGCGUGCUCUGUGCCCAGCUUGUUUUUCCCAGGCCAGGCUGGGCAGGCAGAAGCAUGGAAGCCAUGGAAACCACACAGACCACCUGUCCCGCCCCAGCUCUUCUCUCUGCCCAGUUGCUUUCUUAGGCUCUGCAGACCUCCUGGUGUGCUGGCCCUGCCCCAGCUGGGCUCUGGGCUCUGGGCAGAACAGCCCUCACUACCCUUGCCCCCGCCCACCCUGGGACCUCAGCUGGGCCAGUGCGGAGAGAGCCAAGGGGGUUCUGGAGCCCUGGGGUCCCCUCACCUGCUCCUGGCACUCCUCAGGUGCAGGCUCUGAGGACUGUGGGUACCAAGGGCUCCUUCCUCUGGCAUGUGCCCCUUCCCUCUUCCUCCAGCCACUUUCCCCUGGGGCCCAGGAAGGAGGCCAGCUCAGGGCAACACUCUCUGAUCACAGCUGCCUCAACAUGAAACAGGCUAUCUUGAAAGGUGGUGAGCUCCCCAUCACAGGGGACAUGCAAGAGUAGGCUCCCAGAGCUGCUCUAAGGGAAUCCUGGUUGUGUGUGUGGAAAACUGACUGAAUGAA